AUGUCGGUGCCUUCAGCUGCUUUCAAGCAGUUUGAGAAGCGUCUUGCAUUGCUCAAAACACUGACAAGCAAAAUUCCUACCACAGUUCCUCUCGCUAAGCAGGAAGAUCGUAUAUAUGAGAUCUUUCAAAAGAUCCCUGUUCCAGGCCCCGAAAACAACGAUCCCGAUCUCACUCCAAGCUUUGUCUUCAACCGUCGUAUGGAUAUACUGUUUGGAGAGGACGUUCGAGAUGAAAAUGGGCGGCUGAAGUAUAUUCUACGAGGGAAGUAUGGGAUGGAUCUUGUGGUCAACUAUUUUACCUCCAGCCUCGCGACAGCCACUUUCGGCCUUGGUACCGCAAUGGUCAAGCUCGAGCGUCUCAUUAAAGAACUCGAAUUUUUAUGUGCAUCAUCUUCCACCCAAUCCGCGCCAAAGAAACGGAAAUCAGCGACGGUUGAGGAGUACAAUGAGGAUGAGGAUGAAGACUUCCAACCCCCGAAGCAAAAGCGCGCCUCAGCUUCUCCUGAAGCUGGACCUGCACUAGUAUCAACCAUUGUUUAUGAAAAAGUCUGGGCAAGUGCCUGCACAACUUUUUGGACACUGCCUAGAAUUUGUCAAAUAGUCGAUCCGUUUCGCAUCUUCCACUUGUGUUUUCCCGAAAAAUUGAGGCCUUACCUGUACCGAUUGAGCCACAAGCGGUUCUCGACAGAUUUACAAUCACGUGCACAUAAAUUAGAUUGUCGUCCUCCGUCGCGCACGUACAAUACGACGUGUUACUGGCGACAUUUUCACGCGAAACACUUCCCAAUCGAUAACCAUCUCCUUAAGGUCAACAAUGAGCUUGACAAGGUGGUGUGUCGGCUUGACAUUGCAAUCAUCAAGUCCUCACCGGGAACAAAUGCCAGUCUGGAUUUGGAGAUUGGAUGGUUUCGGCGGCUCGAUAAGGAGGUUCCUAUCAAAGCGCGGUUGGGAAACAAGGAACUCAAGGUUCAAGCACUAAUUCAAGCUGUCGAACGCCAUCUCAUUCGCAUUGCGAAGGCCGCACAACAAUUGGGCUCACCCGAGCUUACACUAGAACAAAAUAAUUACACACACCCCAGGCCAAGUAGUGAUUCUGAUGUUGAUAGCGACGCAGAUAUGGAACUCGCCUACUAA